AUGUCUACUCCUACUCCACCUGGUGGCCAACGUACGUUGCAAAAAAGAAGACAGGCGCAAACAGCCAAGGACAAGCAACAAAAGCAGACUCCAGCUUCCACUAGACAGGCAGGCUUUGGUGGCUCCUCUAACAGCGUGUUGAAGCUCUACACAGACGAGGCCAAUGGUCUCAGAGUGGACCCUCUCGUCGUAUUGUUUUUAGCUGUCGGCUUCAUCUUCUCAGUCGUGGCCUUACACGUUGUGGCCAAGGUCACCGGUAAGCUGUUCUGA